AUGCCUUCCAAUACGAAGAUAGUGUAUUACAUAUCCAGUGCACUGGUUACUGCUGUAUCUGUUGGCGUGAUGGGGUUUGGCAUGUCAGGAAACUGGGCUACGACGACCAUGGAGUGCACGAGAAUUGGAAGUGACUUCACUAAUGGAAGUGCUGAGAUCACUUGGCAGCUUUUGGAUGGGUAUUUGUACAGAGUCUUUUGCCCCUCAUUUGGGGGUGAGGGGUCUUUUGAAGUAAUUCCUGCAAUGCUAGAAGCAGGAGUUACCUUUGUGGCUCUGCACGGUACAGUCUUGUGCCUCCUGGCCUUGUGUCUGCUGUUUUCUGCCUGCAGCAUCCUUAUCUCUCUCUACAACAGUGUGAGCAACCCUUAUGCAACAUACAUGGGGCCUGUUGGCGUCUACGUCUGCAGCUCGCUCAGCGCAUGUUUGGCCGUUGUGGUGCUCAUCAUAUAUGCAGUGAACGUUGCUGCAACCAACAUGGCAGAAGAGUUGGUAAAGGGCAUGUACGACGAUGCAGACCUGAGGAAUACGUCUUCAGAGAUGAAGCUGGGAUACUUCCUGAUAAUCCCUUACAUAGUGCUCUCUCUCACUGCCAUUGUUGUGAUCUACAUGUACGACCACGCAGCCUACACACACAGGAGAGAACAGCAGCGGCCUACAGAGGACGCACCCAAGGAGAUAAUGAUGUAUUAG